AUGACUGUCAUCCAGAUGGGAAUCAUCCAAGAGGCAUUGGCACUCUCCAGUCUUAAGAAACAUUUUGAGGCAAAGAGAGUUCCCCUGUAUGGCCUCCUCCAUGAAGAACUGGGAGCUGAAGAAUUUUCCCAGUUCUUCCAGGGUGAGCUGCUCCUUGAUACAGAGCGACGAUUCUAUGGUCCUACAGAGCGUCGCAUGCUGCUGACUGGGAUGUUGAGGUGGAGUGUGUGGAGUAACAUCAUACGAGCCAACAAGAAGGGUGUUGAAGGCAACAUGAAGGGGGAUGGAUCGCUGCUGGGAAGUUUGUUUUUGCUAGGUCCAGGGAAACAGGGAAUAUUGUACGAACACCGGGAGUUGGAAUUUGGUGACCACCAUAACAGCACUCUGCUUUUAGAGGCUUUGGAUAAGAUCAAAUUAGUGAAGGAGUAAUUAUUGUUUAGUGUAUUGUAUGUACCCAUAAUUGAGUGUAUGUGAUAUAUAUAGGGCAGCAGUUAUGUACUUGUUUAUUAAGUGUAAGAUUGGGCUGUGAUGUUUGAGUCAGUGAAACACUCGAUAUGUAUAAUUCUAUACUGAACUUGAGAAAUAAGCAUUUAUCUAACUUAUUAAACUAGUUGUAUAAAAAAUUAUGAUGAAGAACUACACAGUACAAUGCUAGAAUAUUCCAGCAUAAAAGUUGAUUAAUUUAUUGAUAGUAUUGAUUAAAUAACUACAAAACACAUUUAUCAUCCUUGGUUCAUAUUGAACUUAAGAAUAUAUGAACUGGCUGUUUAUCCUCGAUUAGCAAAAGUUAUUCUACAAGUUGUGCAUAUAUAGAUUCCACUUAAAAAAGUAUAUGGUGCAUUAAAGUUAAGGAGAGUGUGUUUUUUUAGAGGCAGCAGACACUGUUCGUGGUUUAUACACACUUCUAUCAUUAAAAUUUACAUAGGAACUGAGUAAAUAUUUAGCUACAUUACAGAAAACUUGUAAAAUUUAGAAAUGAAGGAUAAAUGGCCUGCAAAUGUUCACUAGCAGUAUUAUUGGUAUUUGAUAUAUGUCUUUUCUGGUAAUCUGCUGUUGUCUUCGAACUAAUUAUCAUGCAUGCAAUAUUUUCUUUCCUAGCUUAUUCAUUAUGAACUUUUGAUAGGUUUGAAUUUAUUAACUUUUUUCAGUCACAAGUUGUUCCGUCAUUAUGAUAGUUCUGAGACAAACUUCAUGCCACUUAGGACCACAGUAAAUCCUUUCAAUAAUGGUAUUUUGAUAAAUGGAAUCUUCCAGUAAGUGGAAUUGAAAUGGGUUCUAGUAAAAAAAAAAAAAAUCCCAUCUCCAAGGUUCUGUUUUAGCAUAACACUUUCCAGAGCCCCAUGUGGUGACACUGCCUUGGUACACACAGCCCAUCACCUUCUCAUCAUUUUUAUGGACUUUAUGCACUUUAUAAACACAUGACCAUAGGUAAAUUGUUGCAAAACAGUGGUAAAAGGUUGGGAGAAAAGCAUACCGUAAAUGCAUUGAUGUGAACACAAAACUUGAAAUCAUAUAAAAACUCAAUAAGAAAGUGCCGGAACAAUACUUUAUUGUAUUUUAAUUUGAGGGAAUGUUAACUUAUUGUUAUUAUUUUUUGCUGUUAUGUUCAGUAUUUAUGUGUAGACAUAUAUUUGGCGUCUGUGUUAUGGUACUACAGUGCAUAAUCUCAAAAUACGUUACUUUAGCAAAAAAUUUCCAAGAUAUUUAAAGUAAAUCUACAGUUACUUGAAGUGUCCAAGUGGAUAAUUUGCUAAAACAGAAGAACCUUGCAUCAAUUGUUCCUCUAUUGGGAGGAUUACUGUAUUCAGUGAUAAUUUUAAUAUUUGACUUUUCAUCAGGAAAAAGUUCUGAGAAAACUUUGCCAUUUAGGAGUACAGGUAUCUGUAUUUAAUGAUCAUAUAUUCUCAGUCUUUUUAUCAAGAAAAGUUUAAAGUUUUGUGAUUGUCAGUAGUAUAUAAUGAAGAAAUUUAAUGAUCAUUUGUCCUUGAUCUUCAGGAAAAGUUGAAAGCAACAGUUUUACAUGACAUUCAGAAUCUGGUUUCAUGCUAAGUUUCUUAAGGUUCAUUAUUUUAUGGUGUGUAAAUAUUCUUUUAUAAUGAUUGUUUCAAAGACAGCUAUUUAUGGUAUGAUAGGGAAAAAAGGUUGUUGGUGGAAUAUCUUCACAGAUGGCAUAUGUGUCCAAGAUUUGUACAACUAAUUUUUACGGAGUUUCAAAAUGAUGGUAUGUGCACAAACCCAAGAUUGAGGAGCACAAACUGGAUGAUAAAUUUACCCUGUAAUUAUUAGUUGUAUAAUAUUAACCCCAUGCUCAUGCAUCUGUGUUAACCUAAACCAUGUAAGUGCAACUCGUCUUUCAAAUGGUUAGAUUAAUUUGAAACUUAGUAGGUACUGUGUCAUCAUAGGUAUUCAGGGAUUAAGUUGACUAGUAACAAUUUGCAGUAUUUAUAUAAAAGUUUCUCAGGUUUA